CACUUUUCAAAACUUCCGCCGCUACACUGUCUACCUCCUGGGAACCUGCAAGUGCCCAAAAACCUCCGCCAAGAGGAGCCGGAAAUACCAAUCCAGGACAUGGAUAUCGAAUCCAACGUCAAUGCGGACGCUGGGAUUAAGGAUGGCGGUUCGAAGCGGCUGAGGGACGAGGCUGGUAAUCCGGAUUGCGGCGAGAAUGGUGACGCCUCGAAGAAGGCGAGGGUCGAUAAGCCCGUCGAAGGGAGAUUGCCGGAAAACUCCGAAGGAAUUAAAGUUGGGGAGGGAGAGAGAAAAGCUGUGGACGGGUCGGGUCGGGUUACUUUGGGUCCGAAAAGCUUUGGGUCGUCCGUAGAGAUGUUUGAUUACUUCUAUAAGCUGCUCCAUUACUGGACUCCUAAUUUCGACAUCAACAAGUACGAACAUAUGUUGUUGCUUGAACUGCUUAAGAAGGGCCAUGCGGAGCCUGAGACGAAAAUAGGCGAAGGAGUUCGUGCAUUUCAAGUUCGAAACCAUGAUGUAUUUAAAACCAGAUGCUUCUUCAUUGUAAGGGUAGAUGGUUCUGCAGAAGAUUUUAGCUUCAGGAAGUGUGUCGACCGUAUCCUUCCAUUGCCUGAAAACAUGCAAGUAAAGCACAAUGCCAAUAAGGCCUUGGGUGGUGGCGGCAAAAGAGCAAGAGGUGGUGGUGGUGGUGGAGAUUAUUAUGGAAAUUUUGGGUAUGAUCACCAUCAAGAGUGUGGAGCACUACAAGAGGAGCACAAGGAGAUGUUAUUAUCCAGUGAUGAGUAUAUGGGGAUUAGUGGAGUAGAAGUGGACAUUGAGACAGAGAAGAAGAAUAACAGCAAGAAUGACAACAAUAACAGCAAGAGCGACAACGACGACAACAGCGAUAACAACAAGAGUAUGAUGUGUAUAAAAAUGUUGGGGAGAGAAAGAUUGUCAAAGUACUUCUACAUGCCAAUCACAAGGGCGGCAAAGGAACUAAAUGUGGGUCUGACGUUGCUAAAAAAGAGGUGCAGGGAAUUGGGAAUUCGGCGUUGGCCACAUCGGAAGUUGAUCAGUCUCCAAACCUUAAUUACCAAUCUUCAGGAACUGCCGCUGUUCUUUUUUCCUUUUUCCUCCUUGGCCAUCUCUUACGCCUCAUGCUCUGGAUUGACAUCCUCUGCCGCGAACAGGGAGAAGAGCAGUUCGGCUGCAAAAUUGCUGCAAAAGAGGACGGCAUCUUCGGCUGCAAAAUCUUCGGCGAACAGAGAUAAGAGGGCAUCUUCGGCUGCAAAAUCGCUGCAAAAUAGGUCCGGAUUGACAUCCUCCGCCGCGAGAUCUUCCAGAUCUACUGUCCGGAUCGACAUCUUCCUCCACCUCAAUUCCUUCCUGGCACUGUUCACGGCGUAACGGGGAAACGUCUCGAGAUGACGAAGGAGUCCAUGAAGGAGUUGUCAAAAUCCCUAUCUUUGGCGUGAGAUUUGGGAGUAGAUUUCUAUUUAUAUCCAAGGCUAAAAAUCCAUCAAAAUCUACAUAUUUUAAAAUCUUUAAAAAUCUAUCAAUUUUUGAAUACCAUUAGAUUUAGAAAGAUUGUUUAAAAUCUGAAUUGAAUACAUCUAGAUUUUUAAUGACUUUUUAAAAUCUGAAUUGAAUACCCACAGACUUUUAAAAUCCAAAAAAAUACUACAGAAUCC